CUGGUCCAGUGUGCAGCAUGGCGGUGACCGUGAAGGCCUACCUGAUGGGGAAGGACGAGGCGGUAAAAGAAGUCCGGAGGUUCGCGGUGGAUCAGGACGUUUCCUCCAGCUUCGAGUACCUGAGCAAGAAAACUGCGAGUGUGUUUAACAACCUGAAGAACUGCUUCAACAUGUACUACAGAGAUGGAGAUGGAGACCUGGUGGCCUUCUCCUCUGAUGAUGAGCUGAUGAUGGGUCUGGCCUGUAUGACCGACGCCACCUUCCGUCUCUACAUCAAAGAGAAGAAGGAGAACCGUAGAGACUUCCCUCUCCACGCCUUCCCCCCCUUCACCUUCGGCCCCCCUGCCCCGCCCCCUGGAGGCCCGAUGGCCCCGCCCCCUGGAGGCCCGAUGGCCCCGCCCCCUGGAGGCCCGAUGGCCCCGCCCCCCCACAUGCCCCCCCCCCACAUGCCCCCCCCGGUGCACGGUGAUGUCACCUGUGACGGCUGCGAGGGGCCCGUGGUGGGAACUCGCUUCAAGUGUUCGGUGUGUCCGAACUACGACCUCUGCUCGGCCUGCCAGGCCCGCGGCACGCACACGGAGCACGCCCUGCUGCCCAUCUGGCACCCCCUACAGUGGUUUCCUCGGGGGAAGUGGAUGAAGAGGAUGAGACACUGCAUGUGGAACCACAAUCUGAACCAGAAUCUGAACCAGGACCAAGACGGGCCCUCCAGACCCGCUGCAGACUGCAGCGCCCCCUCUGCGUCUGAGGCCAACGUGGACUUCCUGAAGAACAUCGGCGAGGGCGUGGCGGCCAUGCUGAGCCCACUGGGUAUCGACGUGGACAUCGACGUGGAGCACGAGGGCAAGAUGACCAAGGUGACCCCUCCCUCUCAGAGUGGGGGGGUGGAGGGAGACGGGGGCGGAGCCAGCAGCCAGGGCGGAGCCAGAAAUGAGAGUGGGGCCCAAAACGAGGGAGGGGCCAGCAGUGAGGGAGGGGCCAGCAGUGAGGGAGGGGCCAGCAGUGAGGGAGGAGCCAGCAGUGAGGGAGGGGCCAGCAUCGAAGGGUCAAAGGUGCGGAGAGACUCGGAGGAGGAGUGGACUCACCUGAGCCCCAAAGAGGUCGACCCGUCCACCGGAGAGCUGCAGUCCCUCAGAGACCAGGACCAGAACCAGGGUCCCCCAUCUGGUCCAACAGGCCUCAGGGAGGCAGCGCUGUACCCCCACCUGCCCCAAGAGGCCGACCCCCGCCUGGUGGAGUCUCUCUCUCAUAUGCUGUCGAUGGGUUUCACCGACGAAGGCGGCUGGCUGACUCGUCUCCUUCAGGCCAAAGACUUCGACAUCUGCGCCGCGCUGGACGCCAUCCAGUACGCCAAACAGCCCCGCCCACACCAGCCCUGAUGAUGUCAUCGUCUACACUAAACCAAUCAAACAGCAUCUAACACCAGGAAGUGAUUUACACUGUAAUCUCAGUUUAUAAUCAGUAAUCUGUCCAUAAUCAAUACUUUAAUCAGUCA